AAUUGUGAAUAAUUAUCCGAAGAUAAUUUUGCAAAGUUUACCUUUGUUUAAUAAAGUGAAAAUAAAAAAGUCAGAUAUUGUGGAAAAAUCGAAGAGGUGGUUUCUUUUUUUUUUUUAAUUUCAGAAAUGGCGACGGAUGAAGAAAUUAUGAAAGAGAUGCUCGAAAGGGCUACCAAUCCUGCAAAGGAUUCUGUAGAUCAAAUGGCAGUACAAAUGUUCUGCCUGAUCGUAAGAAGCAAUGCGGACUUAGUCAAUAAGGCGCACGAUUUACUAACUAUAAAAAUGUUUUCUACCAGCAGCUUGGAAGCGUUAAGGGCUGUAGGGCUUUUAGAAGAGUGCAUGUCAAAAUGCGGAGCAGAAUUCCAAAAGAAAACCGCAAAGUUUACGUUCCUUAAUAAACUGAUACAAUUGGUAAUAGAUCGUCAUAGCGGGCCCGCUACCAGUGUGGAGGUGAAAAAACGCGUUAUGGAUUGUUUAUUGUUGUGGACAUUGGAGCAUUCGGAUAAAACGAAAAUACGUGAAGCCUAUGAUAAUUUGAAAAAGCAAGUGAAUUUCGAGCAUGGUAAUUUAACACCUUCAGUCGCUUGGGAGAAACGGGAAAGUAUUUUGGGCAAAGAUGACGAUUUAGUGGCCAAAUUAUUAAAACAAGGUGGCGAAGAGAAUUAUAAAAAAGUUAAUCUACUGAUACAACAUCGUUUCAAUCAAGAAGCAAAACGAUUGGAACUAAUGCGUGAGCAUAAAAUUAAACUUAGGGAAAUACAAAACACUAUAGACUUAUUAAAUGAAAUGCUAGACAACUAUUCACCGGAAUUAGUAAAUAAUGACGACAGAGACACUUUACGUUUAUUGUACGAAAGCUGCGGCGGUUCAAAGUAUAAAUUGAAAUUGUUGCAAGAUUCAAAAUGGGAAUUCGAUGAGGCGACGAUAGAGGAUACUUUCCACGUUUACAGUUUGCUGGUUAAUUGCAUGGGACGGUACGAUAAUAUAAUAAAUGGUACAACAGUAGACAAUAUUGCAACUAAUAACAAUGCGAAAACAAUUGACACCACCACAAUAGACGAUACAAACAUUCUUCAAGAUCUGAUUGGAGACACCUCCAUGACCAAAUCGUUCGAUGCAAAAAUGGUAACCCCAACUGACACUAUUAGUGAAUUAACGGAUAUUUUCGCCAAUGUGGAAGCUAAGAAAGAAGACGUCCUGGAAUACUCAACAACCAGCUAUCCCGGGGAUUUAUUAGAGUCUCUAGACCUUUUAGAGCCUAUAAGUGUUUUCGAAAGCAAAGUAAAUGUAAGCAUACCAACCAUUAACGAUGUGGAAAAAGCUAAACCAGAGGAUUUUAAAGGAUUAAAGGAAAUUGAUAAAUUAAGCGAAGACUUAUUGAAAGAAAAUUUAAAAACUGAAAAUCGUUUAUCAAGCUUUAAAAAGGAACCUGAGAAAGUUACGCUUAAUGAUCUGGCAAAAGAAAGAACACAUUCCUCUUUUAAUGCAACGUCAAUUCGACAGAAAGGAAUGCUGCCGAUAAUGUCGCAUAAAACAUUGGACACAAAGGCUAAGGAUAUAUUAAUUGAUCACAUUCUUCAAAUUGACGACGAUAAUUUGAAAAAAGACACAAGUUCAUUCACCACUACCAAUAAUAGCAACUUGAAAGAGGAGGAGCGCGAACAGGUACCGGAACCUGUACUACCUGUGCCGGAAAGCUUAUGUGAUAUUUUCGUAGAUUUGGAUCAAGUGACGCCUUUAACUGAAGGUGAACGAUGUAUGAUUGAUGAUGAAGAUAUGAAAAUCGUAUUGAACUUUACCGCUGAUCGUCCAGGGCCAAAUGUUUCUGUUAUGGUCCUAACUGCUAUUAAUAAAUCCCGUUCAUUUAUAAAAGAAUUCCGGUUUCAGGCUGGCGUUAAGAAACCUUGUAAAGUGCGCUUGUUGCCUGCCACUGAUACUGUAAUGAUGGCAACUAAACCGUUUCGUCCUGCUGCUUCCAUUAACCAAGUUAUUUUGCUAUUUAAUCCUACGUACAGACCUAUCGAUCUUGUUGGUAUUAUUCAAUAUAAAGUCAACGAAGAUCCCGACGCUUUUAGUGAACCUUUGGUCGUUAAAGACAUAAAGUUUGUGGAAUAAGGAUUCAGUGAAGUGAUUUAUUAUCAUGCGUUCGAUGCGAAUGAAAUAUUCUUUUUUAAUCUUUUUUAUAAGUUAUUACAAAUUUAUUUUUAAUUCAUAUUUUCAUAUAUC